GGAAGCAUGUGAUGCGUUCUAACAGUUAUUUGAGUAUUUAUCCUGGGGCGAUUUUGGCUGUACUUGCACUUAUUGGUUUUGCUUAGCAGAUCAUUGGAAGUUCGUCGGUGUCGAUUGGGAAGCGUGUAGAAGAUGCAGCUUAUUACGACAGUUGUGUUCGCUAUUAGCUUGCUAAGUGUCCCAGGCGAGACUCGACCUUGGGUCCACAGCUCGUUGCAAGAAAAUCCAUUAUCUUCCGACAUAAAAACAGAUCGGCCCAUCAUAGGAAUUCUGGCCCAAAACACAGAUGGCUAUGUCCAGACUUUUGGGCCAACAUACAUUGUUGCCUCUUACAUCAAGUACAUAGAGUCUGCUGGAGGAAGAGUUGUACCAAUUCGAAACAACUUGACUGAGGAUCAGUUAGAAGAUUUGUUUAAGUCAAUCAAUGGCGUCUUAUUUCCAGGUGGUGGAGCAGAUAUAUAUGACUCGCCAUACUCAAGAACAGGCAAUAUAAUCUUUAAUCUGGCAAAGAAGGCUAAUGAUGCUGGAGAUGUCUUUCCACUCUGGGGAACUUGCUUGGGAUUUCAGUUUCUCAGUGUUCAAGGAGCCGGUGGAAGAAAGAUUACAUCAGAUGUGGAUGGUGAAGAUUUUAGUGUUCCUUUGAAUCUCAGUGAAGGUUACAAAUCUAGUCGCCUUUUAGGAUCUGCACCUGAAAACAUAAUAACUUACCUGAAAACAGACAAUGUUACUUAUAACCAUCACAGGGAGUGUAUAUCUACAGAGACAUAUUCACAAGACGAGCAGUUAAAGAAGUUCUACAAUUGUCUAUCAACCAACAGAGGCAAGAAAGGAAAGGAGUUUGUAUCAACAAUUGAAGCAUAUGAUUAUCCAUUUUAUGGUACACAAUGGCAUCCUGAAAAGAACUCUUUGGAAUGGACCCUUCAUGAGGCCAUAAAUCAUUCUGAAGAAGCAGUAGCAGUUACACAGUAUGUGGCAGAUUUUUUUGUCAACCAAGCUCGUCUAAGUGGACACAGAUUUCCAAGCAAGGAGGAGGAAGAUGCUGCGUUGAUUUACCACGAUAAUCCAAUCUACUGUAAACCGGAAUUAACACACUUUGAGCAGUGCUACAUUUUCUAGAGGCGCCUAAUGGCUUGUGGCUUGUGCAUCAUCAAACCAAGGAGGUUUUGAAUGUGUGUCCAACACGAGCUAAAGUAAUUACUGUGGAAUCGUUUUAGUGUUGGUUUCUUUAAUUAAUCAGACGCAAGACCAUAAAAACUAGUAAAUCUUGAAUGGGUCAUAUAUGUUAAAGGGCGCCUUUCGAUCGAGUGGUGAUGCACUAAACUUUAAGUAAUUGCAUGGGCCAAUAAUAAAGAAGAGAAAUAUGAUAGAAGCCAGCGAGAAUUCAAAGCGACUACAUAAAAUGUAUGUAAGGCACAAGAAAAAGUGACAGAGUCGAGAUGAUUUAUAUUUACUUUUGCUUUUGAUUGAGAGGGUGUCCCGAGAUUUGUCUAUACGCAAAAAAUGUUUAUUUUAUAAUAUGUCCAUUGUUUCUAUGGUCACCGUGGUAGGACCAUUUGGAGUUUAAUUCGGCCAGUAAUCAUUAAGUGAUCACAGAAAAUUAGAUAACCGCGAAAUAAGGGUCCGGUUUGUUGAUUCUGAGUUUGAUAACUCACCGAAUUGGACGGCACAAAGUCCUGUUUUUAUCUCAUUAAAACUAUGACAACAAAUAGAAGGGAAAUACUUGUUGGUUAAACUUAUUCAUUAAAAAUAAUUUCCAGAAUUUGUCCUAUUUUCCAUGUUUAAAAUGAAGUUUAUGAUGCAUAGACUGUCUCGUUGUUAGUUUGAUGCGCACACUGUGCUAUUUCUCUUGAUACACCUUCAAUAUCCAAUAAAAUUCGAGAAUUUUUGUUAGUUUUGAUUACCAUGAAGGUAAACCAUUGUGGCGAGCUCCGGCUACAAGUAAGAAAUGACAUUUUCUUUUAAGUGGACACUAAUGAGGCUUUAAUUGGGAAGAUCGCUUUUCAAUUGAGUGUCAUAGAACUAGACCCCAGGUGAUUGCAUAGUUUUGAUUAUGGGUAGGGGUUGGGUUUUAUAAAGUUAUAUAACGUGACAUACUAUGGCUGAGUUAGGUUAAACAGAGUAACUUACAAAGUGCCAUACCAAAAUUGUAGUGAAAUCAUGUAAAUUUACCGGCGAAAUAGAAUAAUAUUUUGUACGCUGUUGGGCGUGUUUUAUAUGAAGAGAAUCGGAAGCUUAAGCCAUUGACGCGGAUCGCAACCCUUUUGCUGGGUUGCGGUUGAAUGUAAUUUGUAUGUUGUUUGCGAAUAAAUAUGAAUAAUUUU